AUGAAGAUAUUUAUGCUCUUACUGGUGAUAUCUUUAUCAGUGGAGGGAGCUGUCAUAACUACACCUCCAGAGUCAGUCACUGUACUGCUAAAUGAAGGAGGAAGAGUCAAUUUUAGUUGUAAAGGAACUGGUGAUGCUCUAAGAUGGACAGUUGAAGGCUUACCAACAGACCAUUCUCUUAAUCAAGGAAGAGAUUUAACUGUUACCAACACUAGUGCAUCCCCUGCUGUAUUGUCAUCAGUUUUAUCAGUUUCUGUAUUGCCUAACAAUGAUGGAGUUAGUAUUACUUGUCAUAUUUAUUCAAUUUCUAAUCCAUUUGAUCCAACCACUUCAACAAGCACUCUAACAAUACGAGGAAUAUCAUCUGUUGAAGACCUACAAUGGUCUAAUGAUGAUCAGUUACUCUCAUGGUCUCCUCCUUCUUUUUAUUCCAAUGAUAUACCACCACAAGGAGCAAGUACAACAUAUAACAUACUAGUGAAUGGUAUCAGUGUUACUAAUACUACUGAUACUAGUGUAUGGUUGAAUACUACAUCAUUGGAUAUUUCCUGUCAAGAAUUAAAUGUCAAUGUUAUUGCAUCUAUUGCACAAUAUGUGUCAGUUGGAACAGUACACAGUUUCAACAGCACAGCAAAUUAUACUGUAUCUUAUGAAAGCUUUUCUAUGAAUUAUGAUCAAUCAAAUGCUACAUUUAGUGCUAAUCUCACUAGCUUGAUAAACAGUACACAAUCAUGUGACAGUACAAUAAUGGGUAGAGUUGAUCCUGAUGAAGAAAUAGAAGAAAAUACUCAGGUUUUUAAUGCUAAUGAAAAAGAAGAAAUAUUCCAAUAUAAAAUGAUUGGAUUAAAACCAUGUAGAACAUACACUGCUGUUAUUGAUGUGUUCCAUUAUUUUAUUAGAGGAGAUAAAACUAAUUUCACAUUUUCCACACCAUCAUCAGAUGUUUAUGAUAUUAUUGUAUCAAAUGAAAAUGAGUCAGUUAGUGUAGAGUGUGUGUAUGCAUUGCUAUCUACUGCUGAAGGAUGUCAUGUGGUAUUUAAUGAUGUGGCAAAUAAAAGAAGUGAAUCCUUCAACAUAACAGGAUCAGAUAAUACAACGAUAUCAUUAUCAACCAGUGGACAUUAUACUGUGACUGCUUAUGAUAUUCUUAAUGGGAGCAUCAUACCAUGGUCAUGUGUACAACCUAAACUAGUGACAGUAGUUAAAUUGAUGCUUUCACCUUCAUUUGUUAGAUCUAGUAAUGAAUUAUUGCACACACUUUAGAGUGAGGAUGUGUCUGUACUAACUUCUUCAGAAUCUCCCAGUAGAUCUG